GUCUGUCUUCGGGACUCUUCAAGAAUCUCCAGGUUGCCAUUCACCGUCGCUACACAUCAAUGGUGAAAGACGUCAUUGCCAUUUCCGAUGACGAGGAUACCGCCUCUUCAGCCGACCUGGGACCAUCGCGACCCAGCGCUAAAACACUGGGCAAACGGAGACUCAGCUUGUCCGAGGCGGAGGAGAAGGUCGAGUGGACCGAUGAUUCAGACGAUGCCUACACAAACUUCAAGAAUCGAGCAAAAAGGCGCUCGACUGGAAGGGGAAGGAAACCUGCGGGAAAAUCCGGAGAUGCGCGAAAGAAGGAGAAGAAGACAACUACCUCUGGCUCGAAAUCCGCGGUGAAGGACGUGGGCAAGUCGGGCGCCGCCGUGGAUGAUUAUGCCGAUGCCGAUAUACCCGAGUACCUGCGACAACGACGUAGGGAGUUUGACCAGGCGCGGGAUACCUUGAGAGAAGCCGGGUUGAAGCUGCCGCCCGAUUUCGCCGACAUUGAUUUCUCAGACGACGAACGUCUCCAGACCUUGGACGAGCGGCCAAAGUUCGAUGACAGCAGCGGCAUCAAGCCCUCGCGGGAGCAUAAAGAGAUUGAGUUGGAAUGCUCGGCUGGCUUGAUACCCGCCUCUAUUGCGCAGUACCUGCGUGACUACCAGAUUGUCGGAGUCAGGUUCCUCCACCAGCUGUUCGUCUACCAGAAAGGCGGCGUCCUUGGGGAUGACAUGGGUCUGGGAAAGACUGUUCAAGUCGCCGCAUUUCUUGCCGCGGCAUUUGGCAAGAGCGGAGACGAGCGCGACGCCAAGAGGAUGCGCAAGAUGCGCCGUGCUGGUGACCAUUGGUAUCCUAGAGUGCUAAUAGUCUGUCCCGGCUCAUUGAUUCGCAACUGGAAGAAUGAGCUGAAUCGCUGGGGCUGGUGGCAUGUGGACUUGUACCAUGGAGCUGACAAAGAGGACGUUCUGCAAACGGCUCGCGCGGGGAGACUCGAGAUCAUGAUUACCACAUACGUGACAUACAAAAAUAACCAAAGGGCCGUUAACGCUAUCCAGUGGGAUGCCGUGGUCGCAGACGAGUGCCAUGUCAUGAAGGACCGCCUAUCGGAGACAACUCGGGCAAUGAACGAGGUGAAUGCUCUCUGCAGAAUCGGACUCACCGGAACAGCUAUCCAGAACAAGUACGAGGAACUCUGGACUCUCCUCAACUGGACCAACCCCGGGCAUUUUGGGACGAUCGCCGAAUGGAGGCAGACUAUUAGCAAGCCCCUGACCGUCGGCCAGUCACACGAUGCCACCCUUCACCAGCUCAGUGUGGCACGGAAGACAGCGAAAAAGCUGGUGCAGAAUCUGCUCCCGGAAUUCUUCUUGCGCCGCAUGAAGACCCUCAUUGCGAACCAACUGCCCAAGAAGAGCGACAAGGUGGUCUUCUGUCCCCUCACCGAUGGUCAGAGGGAGGCUUACGGGAAUUUUCUUGAGGGAUUUAAUGUAUCCCUCAUCAAUUCCGUGGCUGACCCAUGCCCAUGUGGCUCUGGCCGAAAAAGGGGGUGGUGCUGCUACUCGAACCUGCCGAAUGGGAAGCCGUGGCAGGCGAUCGUCUUUCCGACGGUCAUCACGCUGCAGAAGCUCGCAAACCAUCUUACCCUCCUUAUCCCCUCGUCGAGCGACCCGACCGACAAACAGAAGUCGGAGCUAAACACACUGCAGACCUGCGUCCCAGACAACUGGGAGGAGCUUUACCGCAAUCGAGACUCGAUAAUGAAUCUUGCCAAUCCCGAAUUCUGUGGGAAGUGGAAGGUUCUGAAGAAGCUCCUCCGUUUCUGGCACGAGAAUGGCGACAAGGUCCUCGUCUUCUCCCAUAGCGUGCGACUGCUGCGCAUACUGCAACAUCUCUUUCACAACACCAGCUACACCGUCAGCUAUCUGGACGGGUCCCUGGGUUACGAGGAACGCCAGAGGGUCGUAGAUGACUUCAACUCGGAUCCCGGCCAAUUCGUCUUUCUUAUAUCCACCAAAGCUGGGGGCGUGGGACUGAAUAUCACGUCGGCGAAUAAAGUUGUCAUAUUCGACCCGCACUGGAACCCGUCUUUCGAUCUCCAGGCUCAAGAUCGGGCCUACAGAAUCGGCCAGGUCCGCGACGUUGAUGUCUUCAGGCUGAUCUCGGCCGGUACGAUCGAGGAGAUCGUCUACGCGCGACAGAUAUACAAGCAACAGCAGGCGAACAUCGGCUACAAUGCUUCAAACGAACGUCGUUAUUUCAAGGGCGUCCAGCAAGACAGCGACCGGAAGGGGGAGAUAUUCGGCCUCUCCAACCUCUUCACCUUCCAGGCAGACCAGAUCGUCCUCCGAGACAUCGUCAACAAGACGAACAUCGCCGAGGCGAAGGCGGGUGUCAACCUCACGGACAUUGACAUAGAGAAGAUAGAGAAGAUAGAGAAGAUCGAGAAGAUCGAGAAGGACGAGGAUGACGCCCUCACACAGGUCAAGAAGGAAGAAGUUGACGACGACGACGGCCCCGGCGGACUGGGCCAGCUCGCCGAGCUCCUGACGGCGGAGAACAAGGAGGACCUUCUCGACGCGAAGAAGCAGGCCGGAAGGCCCCCCAAGAGCGACGCCAUCGCCGCCAUCCUCGCCUCGGCAGGCGUCGAGUACACGCACGAGAACUCGGAGGUCGUCGGGUCGAGCAGGGUCGAGGCGCAGCUGUCGCGGCGCGCCGAGAUGGCCGGCGCAGACGGCAGCCAGUACGACCCCCGGGGCGACGACGGCGCGCUAUUCGCGGACAGCCAGGUCGCCGGCGGGGCCGCGGGGGGGUCGGGGGGCGCCGGGUUCAGCUACAACCCGCCAGCCGGCGUGAUGAGGCGCCAGUUCUGCUCCAUGGCGAGGGAGUUUGGGUUCCUGAGCGCCACGGACUUUGCGCUGGUCGUCGAGAGCUGGACAGCGGAGCAGAGGAGGAACUGCCUCGAGACGUUCUACAAGCGGAGGGAGGCGAGGUUGCUCGAGCUGGAGUUGGAGUGCAGCACGGACUCGAGUUUAUGAUGUGGAGUUGUUACAGGAGUGGGUAGCUAGG